AUGGGUACCUUACUUCUAGGAAAGCCUCUAACAGCUCUUGCGCGAUGCACUCGACCAACCAGCAAUGUGAAUGCCUCGAUGGCACUGCGAUUUACCUCAACGCUCCAAGCACACGCGCAGGUUAAGUCUGGAACGAGCCCCUCACUACCACCUCUCUCUGUUUUACCGGCGCGUGUCCUGCUCAGAUCGCUGCUGGUCUCUACGAUAUCGUCGAAGAGAUUCCUCCUCAUUCCUGCGCUUUCGUUGAUGUCCUUCCUGUCCAAGCCUAACAGGAUCUGGCUAUUUGACGUGGAUCGGAAUCCAAUCCUACAUGGAAUAUUAAAGACAACAUUCUACAAUCAAUUCUGUGCUGGAGAGAAUGGGGCGGAAUGCAGAUCCACCAUCCGGGAGAUGAAAGAUAUGGGCUUCCGCGGUAUGAUUUUGACAUACGCUGCUGAGACUGUGUUUGAUCAUAGCACUCAGGCUCAGAAUAGACAGGGCAUCGCUGCUUUGAAAAGCGAGAACGGGGAUGUGUCCGUCGAGGCUUCAGUCUACUGUCCCAGCAUCGAAGCGUGGCGGGAAGGGACAGUUGAGACCAUCUACAUGACGGAGGCAGAAGACUACAUCGCAGUCAAGUUGACAGGGGCUGGCGCCAAAGUCACCGAGGCUUUUACGGCUGGAGAGUUGCCCCCGCAGCAAAUGAUGGAUGCACUGCAUGAAGUCUGCACCAAGGCCAAAGACCGAAAGGUUCGCAUUCUCAUCGACGCCGAGUCUCAGCAUUUCCAAAAGGGCAUUUUACGGGUUGCUGUGGAACUUAUGCGCAAAUACAACCGUGACGGUUACGCAACUAUCUACAAUACCUACCAGGCCUACCUCAAAAACACACCAGCGACACUGGCCAACCACCUCGCUCUGGCAAACGAAGAUGGAUUCACUCUCGGCCUCAAGCUCGUGAGGGGCGCAUACAUGGCCACUGAUGAACGGUCCUUGAUCCAUGACACGAAGGAAGACACCGAUAACGCAUAUAAUAUGAUUGCCCAAGGGGCACUGAGAAAGAACAUUGGAGAAUUUGGAGACAAGGGCACCCGCGAUUUCCCCUCGGUGAAUCUGUUUCUGGCAAGUCAUAACAAGGAGAGCGUAGUAACUGCCCACGAACUUCACAAGCAUCGUGUCAUGUCUGGCUUGCCCACUGUGCCUGUGCGUUUUGCUCAGCUUCAUGGUAUGUCUGAUGAAGUUAGCUUUUCGCUGCUUCAGAUGAAUGAUGGCGAUGGAACACCGGAAGUCUACAAAUGCUCCACUUGGGGAGGUAUGGGUGAAUGUCUGGCCUAUCUUCUUCGUCGGGCAAUUGAGAAUCGGGAUGCUGUUCUGCGGACGGAUAAUGAGUAUCGGGCAUUGAAGAAGGAGGUUUUCCGGAGAGUGAAGUCGGUGCUUUCUCUUUCGCCAUCUUCAUAG